AUGCAACUCCUGAGGGCAAUAGGAUUUUUCCAUGGAAAUAUUUUAUUGUUUUGUGUCACAACAGGUGCAGGAAUCUUAGUGUCUCCCAAAGGGAUAUUAAAAUAUUCCUCACUGAACAUAGCUGUCUCCCUGAGUAUUUGGGUUGCUUGUGCUGUUCAGCCUAUGUUCACUGCUCUCAGUCUUGCAGAGUUGGGGACAACCUUCCCUAGAAGUGGAGCACCUUACUAUUUCCUCAAAAGAUCUCUUGGAUCCUCUGUUGCUUUCCUCAGUUUUUAGACCAAACUUUUUAUUUAUCCCUUAGGAAUAGCUACUCAAAGCUUGAUAAUAUCUACCUAUCUAAUUCAGCCUUUCUAUACCAGGUGCCCAGCCCCAGAGCUACUUAAGAAAUGUCUAGCUUCGGCUAUUUUGUGGUCAUUGGGACUUCUUAAUACUAAAGGGGUGCUAACAGUGGCUUGGUUUCAAACUAUCAGUAUUUUGGUGAAAAUGGCUGUCCUCUGCUUCAUUUCCCUGUUAGGGAUUGGGAAAAAGGAGAAUAUGGCCAGGUUUGAGAAUGCUUUCGAUGCUGAACUUCCUGGUGCCUCACAGAUUGCAGAAGCCUUACUUCAAGGAUUGUUUCCAUAUUCUGGUACAUCAAUUCUGAUCAACAUAGCAGGUAAAUUCAUCUCUGAAAUACUUUUGUGAGAUAAGAAUCCUGGUGAGAAUAUUCCCAAAUCUCUAAUUACUGUUCUUCCAGUGAUGGCUGUGAUUUACGUAUUGGUAAAUAUAUCCUACCUGGCAGUUUUGACCCCUCAGGAAAUCAUCUCUACAGAUGCUGUUGCUGUCACCUGGAUGGACAAAGUAAUCCCUUCCAUGCAAUGGGUUAUUUCUCUUGGGAUUUCAACUUCAAUAGUUAGCAACAUAUGUUGUACAAUACUUUCAGCCUCAAGACUGUUCUACACAGCAAGACAAGAAGGACAACUGCCUUUGAUCUUCUCUAUGCUUAAUAACUACUUCAGUCCAACUGUUGCUAUCACCCAGAUAAUCAUUUUAGCUUCUUUUCUUAUUAUAUCCUCAGAUUUAAUCAAUUUAAUAAAAUAUUCAGGAUUAGCAACCUGGGUUUUAAGAAGGCUAUAUAUGAUAGGUUUACUUAAACUAAGGUACCAGGACCCCAAUCUACCUGGACCUUAUAAGGUGUGUUUGCCAUUUGUAUUGGGAUCCACGGCUAUAUCUUUGUUUCUAAUUUUGACACCAGUGAUUCAGUCUCCUACAGUAGAGUAUAUCUAUGGGUUUAUCUUUAUUUUUAGUGGACUUCUGUGUUACUGGCUUCAUGUUAACCUUAAUCAACAUUGUUUGUUUUGA